AUGAACUUGAGCGAAGUGGAGGAGCUUUGUGAAGCUGCCGCCUAUUUCAUGGAUACGGAGCUGGCCCAUACCGUCGCUUCGCAGAGGAACCUCGACGCAUGGAACGAGGUCUGCCGAGAAGUCUUUGAUAACUUGAGCUUCGAGGCGCAGCAGCUGCUCCGUGAGAUGCGGUCUUCCGGCCGUCAUCGCAAGGAGCUGACAGAUUGGGAGAUCGACGGACGAAGCGGCCGAUGGAAGCAGCAGGUCAUCGCAAGUGUUACGAAUGGUACACUCAAAGAGAAGGCAGAACUGCCGGAGUUUGUUCCAUUGCAUCAGAUUCCAAUGGCUUUCAAAGAAGCCAGGGUAUUGAGAUUCAAUGGCCGGAAACUUCUUCCAGACAGCAUGUUCAACGCAACGCUGGCUGGCAUAGAGCGACUUCAUCCGGACUCGGCCGACAGCACCUUCAUGUUCGGUUCUUUUGAUUUGGGGGGCUCUGUCUGUCGCAUUUUGAUGCUGCUUCCCCUGACCCGUGAUGAGGUCCGUUAUGGUGACGCUGGUAUCAAAGGCCGCACGGGCACAGAACUCACUGCUGCCGAAGCCUGCGAAGCAUUGCGCCGCAAAGGCGCUGCUGUUCCUCAAGGGUGCCCAGCGGCGCCGUUGGCGCUUCAGGCGUGGAUGAGCGCCGGCGCGUAUGAGGUUGAUAGGCAAGCCGCGCAGGCGCAACCGCAGGAAGCGGCGGAUCAACGUGCUCGUCGUAAGGCUGUUCUUCUUGAGUUCUUGCGGAACACCGAGCCAGAGGUGGCGGCGGCUGUAGGCUUGCUGCCCAUUCCGGCCGAAGAUAAGCUGCAGAACUGCCGAGCUCUGGCCGUCAGCAAAGCAGCCUAUGGCUGGAUAGCGAGGCUGCCUACCUUGCAGGACACGCAUGGGCUUGCGGCUACUGUGCGGCGCGCCAUGGACACCGCUAAGGGGGCCAGCAAGUGGUCUCGUGCAGCUGUGUAUGGUGGAACGACGCAUCUGGAUUGCAUCUCUGGCACGAAGCUGGCUUGCAACGCGCAGAGAUGGAUGCUCAAUCCAGCUGCGGCGCCCCCGUGGAAUGGUGGAUACGGCACUGUCGCGUACACCUUGCGGAAGUGGCUCCGUAACAGAGGCUGGGACGGGGCAAUUCUGUUAAGCGAGUUGCACAUGUCGGUGCCGGUGAGCAUGGUGAUAAGUUGGUUCCCGACGACGCUGACGACGAUGAGGGCAUCACCUUGA